UGGGCCUUUAUACAAAAAUUGCAGAAGGCGAAGCAAAAACUUGGAGCGGAGAAGGAAAGCAAGUAGUUUGAAAAGCCCUCUCUCUCCUUUACACAUUCUAUCUCUAGCAUGGCGCCAAUACGGAUGAUAGAUGUCGCUGUCAACUUCACAGAUGGCAUGUUUAAAGGCAUUUAUAACGGCAAGCAACAUCACGUUUCUGAUAUUGCUACUGUUCUGAGUCGAGCUUGGAACGCUGGCGUCGAUCGAAUUAUCGUUACGGGUGGUUCCCUUGAGGAGUCAAAGGAAGCUCUUGCUAUUGCAGAAACUGAUGGGAGGCUUUUCUGCACAGUUGGAGUGCACCCAACUAGAUGCAAGGAGUUUGAAGAGAGUGGGGAUCCUAAAAAACAUUUUCAAGCUCUUUUGGCAUUGGCUAAGGAGGGAAUUCAAAAAGGGAAGGUGGUUGCAAUUGGUGAAUGUGGAUUGGAUUAUGACAGGCUUCACUUUUGCCCACCAGAAGUUCAAAAGAAGUAUUUUGAGAAGCAGUUUGAAUUAGCAUAUGCCACAAAGCUGCCCAUGUUUCUGCAUAUGCGUGCAGCUGCAGAAGAUUUCUGUGAAAUUAUGGAACGAAAUAUUAACAAGUUCACUGGUGGGGUUACUCAUUCAUUUACCGGUAGUGCUGAAGACCGUGAUAAGCUUCUCUCAUUUCAUAACAUGUAUAUAGGUGUAAAUGGAUGCUCUCUGAAGAUGGCUGAAAAUCUUGAUGUUGUGAGGGGCAUACCUGUUGAAAGAAUGAUGAUUGAGACUGAUUCUCCAUAUUGUGAAAUCAAGAGUACUCAUGCUGGGAUUAAUUUUGUGAAAUCCUUAUGGCCUUCUAAGAAGAAAGAGAAGUAUGACAAAGAGUGUCUUGUUAAAGGGCGUAAUGAACCUUGUUUAGUGCUGCAAGUUCUUGAGGUGAUAGCUGGCUGUAAAGGAAUCACUGACAUUGAUCUGUUUAGUGCAACAUUGUACCAGAACACCUGCAGGGUUUUUUUCCCUCAUGACUUGGAUGCUGCAGCUGAUGCUCUUCUUGCUGGUCGGAAUGAAAGUCAAUGACAAAGUUUUAUGCUUUAUAGAAAAAAAAAUUAAAACGAUAUACCAAUGCCUUUAAUCUACCAAGACUUUUUUGGAAAUAAAGAAUAGAGAUAGAUCUAAAUGGUGCUCUGUUUCUUGCAACCCUCAUACAGGUUUAGCACCUCUUCGUUUUUAUCCAUUACCAUCCGGUACAAGUUUAAUCACUUUUUACAAGUACGACCUACACAUUUGAAUGGUUUAUAAAAUAGAGCAAGUAAUGAAUUUAUUUACAA